GGAAUCCCUGUCUUCUUCUUCUUCGACCGGGUCGUCUUCUCCCAUCCCUCAGACCCGGUCGAUUCCAAGCUCUAGCAUCCCUGAACCGCGGCCGGUAAAUCAGAUGCCCGGUCAAGUAUUUCAGGAGAGGGAUGCACCGGUCGAAGACGAGCCGGCUCCCUAUGACCCUGACGAUGAAACGUAUGAGGAAUGGGUGGACCGGCUAGAUGCAGCCGGUUAUUCUCCCCUUCCUACCAGCUACCCCGCUGACAUAGUCCCCCGGGUUUCCAAGAUUGCUCAGAACAAAGCCCGUAGGAAUCUCCCUGCAGGGUAUGUUCUUGAAUAUGACCCCACCUGGCCUAAUAUUAUUGAACCCCACCGGGAUGAUAGGUUAGGUUUCCAUAUAGUUUCUCUAGAGAGCGGUACUGUCUUCCCCCUUCGUCCCCUUUUGAUCGAGUUGUGCCGCUGUUUCAAAAUCCUUCCCGGGCAAAUUACGCCCAACGCCCACCGGUUCCUCAAUGCUUUUGUAAAUAUCUGCGUUGAGCUCAAAAUCGAUCCUUCCCUUCGUCUGUUUCUUUUCUUGUUUGAAGUCCUCCCCGGUAAAUCGGGUUGUGACGGUUAUGUCUACUUCAGAGGCCGCAACGGCCGUCAAUUUAUCUCAGACCUUCCCCAAAGCAACCGGCAGUGGAAGGAGAGAUUUGUCUUUAUAAAAUUCCCCAACGAUUCUCCCUUGGCCGGUAUAAAGUGGAACGAUCACAUCCUCAAGUCUCAAUACGCUGAGCCGGCUAGCGCUCCAGACUUGGAGGAAAGUUUGGAGAAACUUCUACAGGGGGACCCCUUCACCGGGCAGAUGUUCCACUAUGGGGCCUGGAUCUGGAGGAUCCAACCGGGUGGUAAGGGUACCCCUCGGGCCCAUGAGGCAGCGGGGCACGGGGUACCCUCCUCGGGCAAUACUGCUGAGGCCGGGGGCCCAAGCCACCCAGACAUGAAUUUCAGGGCCUACAACAUGCCGAAGACUACUGGUGGAUCUUCUUCAGCGGCCGGUCCACAUACCUCAGCAGCACAACCGAUGGGUGAAGUUAGGCCGGACGUCUUGGAGCAACUCACUGAAGAUUCCUCUUCCCGGUUAGCCCAACUGGAGGAGAAGCUGAAGAGAUGUGAGGCUCAUAACCGGGACCUCAAGGAGCUGACUUCCCGGCAGUCAAAUGAGAUGGCUGAUCUUUCUGCAAUUGCCGAGGGGGCCAAGGCAGAGACCCUUCAGCUGAAGGAGGAGAACUUAAAGCUGAUGGAGGAUCUUGAGCUGAAGGAGCGGGAGUUCCCCGGUAGGGCCAGGCAGUGGAUGGAGGACAACCUGGUGGAAGCUGCCCGGGUACUCACUUCUUCUGAGGAAAGGACGGUGGAAGGCUUCAAGCUGCUGUACCGGGAGGAGCAGGGAAAAGAAAUCAUCACCCAAAUCGGCUCCUACGGUUUUAUGUCCGGCCAAAAACGGGACCAGGAGGCCACGCAUGCGGUCCUUGCUGAACGUGACCCGGACUUUAAUGCUGAAUCAUACGGCCUGGCCCUCAUCCCGGACGAUGAACCUGCUCCCCCUUUCCCCUUAGAGUGAGGAAUCUCCCCGGCUGCGACCGGUUAAGUCAUUUUGUAAACUUGAAAUUCUCCCGGGUAUGCCCGGUGAAUUUGUAAGCAUUUGACAUCUCCUAUUUUGUUUGAAUGCCAAGUUCUAUUUGCUCACCGGUUAAUCUUCCAUAUGUGCUUGAUCCUUG